ACUACCAAGACUUGUGAUAAUUACACACAAGCCUACAUUUGCUGCUAAUAACACUGACAGCUCAGCCAUAAAUUUCCUCAUCAUUUAUUCUCUUGUUGAUAACUGAGGGUUGAAAAUGGGGGAUUAUCGGAGGUGAAUUCGUAAAGAAAUGUCUACCAACAGCUUUGAAAGUCCAUCCAAAAAGAUGGAUAACGCAGUAGGAGAAAAGGAUGAUGCGUUUAUUAAGGUUAAGGUGUUGUUCUUUGCACGAGCAAGAGAUCUAACUGGAAUGGCAGACAUGUCUUUGGAAGUUUCACCAGGUACCACAGCGCAUGAUUGUUUGAAUAAGCUUAUCUCCAAGUUUCCUGGGCUUGAAGAGAUCCGUAACUGUAUGGUACUUGCUCUAAACGAGGAGUACGCCCUUGGGUCAGUCGUCGUUAAAGAUGGAGAUGAAUUGGCUAUCAUACCUCCUAUAAGUGGAGGCUAGACGUUUUUUCGUUCUGUCUUCAAAUAAACUUUGGUGCUUCUUGUGAAUACCAACAUAUUUCUCCUAUAUUUUGAAGUAAUUUGUUCCA